GGCUUAUUCAAGCACGUUUUUUUAAAUCUUUAGGUAUUGAAAUGGAAAAAAAAUGAUUUUAUACGUUUUUGAACUCUUUUUUUUUUUUUUUUUUUUACUUUGAAUAAUUAUUUAUUAUUCUCCAAUCUCCCUAAGUCUUAGAAAAAAUAAAUAAAAAAUAAAAUGCUAAAACCCUCUUCCUCUUUUCCCUAAAACCCCCCUUUCCAUAUUCCAAGUUCUACUAGCUCACUCCAAUUACUCCAAAAAAAUGUCUUCCUUCCAAUUACUUCAUCAAACUCGUCGCCACUAUUUACACAAAUACCCUUUUCUCCGUUCCCAUUUCCAUCGAUUCCUCUCUUCCUCGCCCGAAAACCCUAAUUCGACCCGACCCGAAUCCAAUGACCCGGUUCCAAUUCAACCCGUUUCUUACAAUCCCGAAACCCCAUCUCAAGAAUCCCCAAAUUGGACCCGACCCGACCCGGAUUCUGUCGGGUCAUGGACCCGAGAGGAUUUGAGGUAUUUGAAGGAUGCACCGAAGAUAAUAGCACCGGUAUCUUACCCUACAAGGGUGGUAGCUCCGUUACCGGAGGAUAGGCCGGAGGGAGAGGAGGAGGAGGAGGGGAAAGUGGAGGUAAAUGAGGAAAUGGAGAGAGAGAGGGGACGAAUCGAGGCGCAAAGAAGGGGAGCAAUCAGGAGAGUGUUGAAUGUUGAAGAGGAAAGGAUUUCGUUUCCAACAUUGAUUGAUGCGAAGAGUGAUGAGAAGAAGAAGAAGAAGAAGGUUGUUUAUGAUCUUAAAGAAGCCAUUCGACUCGUAAAGGCUAAUGCCAAGAAGAAGUUUGAUGAAACUCUGGAAGCUCAUGUUGUUUUGACUCCUGAUAUGCGCAGAACUGACCUGAAGCUUGAAGGUACAGUGGCUGUUCCUCAUGGGUUUGGAAAGGUAUAUCGCAUUGCUGUUUUUGCGGAAGGAGCUGCUGCUGCUGAAGCCCGAGAAGCAGGUGCUGAUGUUGUUGGUGGUAUGGAGCUCGUAGAGAAUAUCAAGAGUGGAAAUGUGAAGCUUGAUUUUGACAAAUGUUUUUCCACUCAUGCAAUGAUGCCGAGCUUGAGACAGAUCGCGAAGUACCUGAGGCAAUUGAUGCCUGAUACUAAGAAAGGUACUGUUACCAAAGAUAUCUCAAAAGCAGUGAAAGAAGCUAAGCGAGGUGUACCUUUCAAAAAAGAUAAAACUGCAAUUGUGCAUGUAGGAAUUGGGAAGGUAAGUUUUCAAGAAGACGCAUUGUGUGAAAACAUCGGUGCAUUUGUACAUGAACUUUUGCGUCAGAAGCCUGCUGGCCUAAAAAAGAGCUCAAAAUAUGCUGGUUAUGUGAAUACAGUCCAUCUGUGUAGCACGAUGGGUCCAUCAUUCCCUGUUACAAUGCAGUCAUUAUCGAUAGCAGCAGAUCGGCAUGUAAAGAAGUAUGUUCAAUGAUAGUAUCUGAGUAGUUCCAACUUUAACUUGGCACUUUGUUGUACUCAAUUUGUUUAGAUUUCUUGAUUUUUUCCACAUUACAAGAGGGGUUUUCCAAGUUAUUUUUGUAACCCCCCCACCCCACCCCACUCCCACCCCUCCUGCUGUAAUGAUCUUUACAGGCCUAGCUUCAAACCCCAUAGCCCAGAACUCAUUACUGUUGCAUCACAUUUUUAUUUUUAUGUCAUAGAAAUAAGUAUGGUUUCUGUUUUAUCAUUGACAAAACUUUACGAAUACAGUGUUAGUUUUGCCGAACC